AUGGGUAAAGAUUAUCUUGGAAAAGACCAGAGACGUGUGAAAGAAGAUACAGAUGAUAAGGAAAUUAAAGCUUUGGAUGAGGUUGAUAUUGCUCUUCUGAAAACUUACGGUGCGGCACCUUAUAACGACGAAAUUAAAAAAUGUGAAGAAGAUAUCAAUAGUGUAAUGAAAAGAGUUAAUGAGCUUACGGGAAUUAAGGAAUCGGACACUGGACUUGCUCCUCCUGCACUCUGGGAUCUUGUCGCUGAUAAAGUCUGUUUAUCAAGUGAUCAUCCAUUGCAGGUGGCUCGUUGCACCAAGAUUAUUAAUUCGGAUUCUGAAGAACCUAAAUAUAUUAUUAAUGUCAAGCAGUUUGCUAAAUUCGUGGUAGAUUUAGCUGAAUCGGUUGCUCCAACUGAUAUCGAGGAAGGAAUGCGCGUUGGUGUUGAUCGAACAAAGUAUCAGAUUCACAUUCCGUUGCCUCCUAAAAUUGAUCCUUCUGUUACCAUGAUGCAAGUUGAAGACAAACCAGAUGUUACGUACAGUGACGUUGGCGGCUGCAAGGAACAAAUUGAAAAACUAAGGGAGGUUGUUGAACUUCCACUCCUUCAUCCUGAAAAGUUUGUCAGUCUUGGCAUCGAACCUCCAAAGGGUGUAUUACUGUAUGGCCCUCCCGGAACUGGUAAAACUCUGUGUGCCCGGGCUGUAGCUAAUAGAACGGAUGCCUGUUUCAUUCGAGUAAUCGGUUCCGAGCUCGUGCAGAAAUAUGUUGGUGAAGGUGCUCGUAUGGUUCGUGAGUUAUUCGAAUUGGCUCGCUCCAAGAAGGCUUGCAUUAUAUUUUUCGAUGAAAUUGAUGCGAUCGGUGGCGCUCGAUUUGAUGACGGUGCUGGAGGGGAUAAUGAAGUUCAACGAACCAUGCUGGAGUUGAUCAACCAGUUGGAUGGUUUCGACCCUCGUGGUAAUAUCAAGGUUCUCAUGGCGACUAAUCGGCCUGACACUCUUGAUCCAGCCCUCGUACGACCGGGUCGACUUGAUCGUAAAAUUGAAUUCGGAUUGCCGGAUCUUCCCGGCCGAACACACAUCUUCAAAAUUCAUGCCAGAUCGAUGUCUGUUGAAAAGGAUAUCCGUUAUGAACUGCUAGCUCGUCUCUGCCCAAAUAGCACAGGUGCCGAGAUUCGUAGCGUAUGCACUGAAGCUGGUAUGUUUGCCAUUCGCGCUCGUUGUAAGAUGGCUACAGAAAAGGAUUUCUUGGAUGCUGUUAAUAAGGUGAUCAAAUCAUACGCAAAGUUCUCUGCUACUCCACGUUAUAUGACCUACAACUAA